CUGCAAACAUCAGUGAGGCAAUGAUGGGCAACCUGUCUCGUGAAGACUUGCGGGACCUUUUCCCAGGACCAGAGAACUUUUUAAGAAGAAAAGCGAUCUGGAUUGCUUGUCAUGGUGCAUCAGAGGAGGAUUCUGGUAAAGAAGAUUCAACUUUAGUGAGCUGUUCCUCCAAUAAUAGGUCACCUAUGCAACAGACAUCCACUCCAAUGAAGUCCAGUCUUCCCAAGUUUGAAACUCCUGAAAAGGUUGUGAAAUUAACCUUUCCAGAAUAUGUACUCCACACUGACACUGAGCUUGAGCACGUAAGACAACAGUACUUUGAAUUGUCGAAGAAAGGGGAAGAGCGCAACUGUGAAAUGUCAAAGGAACUCAGAUGUCGUCUCAUCCGAAACACGAUGACCAGUAUGAUUGCAAUCUUGAGGGCAAAAGGAGAUGCAGAAUCACACAGAUACCCAUCAAAACCUGAAAUCACAGCAGUGGCUAAAAGGAUAGUGCUGUAUUACCCCAUGCUACAGGACCAAGGUCUGAAGAAUUCAUGGGUCACUGUGUUUGCGCAACUAAACAAAAGAUUGCAGAAUGUGAGGUCCCCUCUAAAGAAAUCUCAGAGUGGGAGACAAUCAAAGAGCUCUUCAAAGAGACGCCGUCUUGAUGAGCCCUAUGAUACAGAUGAAGCCAUGUCGAGCGACUCAACAAUCAUUCUGGACCAGUCUACAGAUGAGACUACCAGCACCGACUCAGGCACUACUGACAAGGAGAAAAACAAGACCCCAAAGCCCCCAGAAGCUCUCCCUCUCCUGUCCAGUUCUAAGACUAACAGGCCAACAGAUGUUGAAAGCUCAUACAACUACAGUCCAGCAAUCUCGGCCAAGCACUACAGGACCCUACAAUCGUUGUAUAAAAAAAAGAAUCCAAACCACCAGGAUGUGUCUCAUCUCCUGGAUUUGGAAUUUCAAGCCAGAAGAGCAUUCAUUGAUUCACAUAGUUUUCGUGAGGAGGACAGACACAACAAAAUCAUAGAAGCAUAUCCUUGUUUCAAGGACAUUGGACAUGUCAUGGAUGAGCUUCAACGCAUUCUGAACAAAGAUAACCCAUGCUACAUAGCUGAACUAAAUGGACGAUGGAAAGACUUCUGCCAGAAGGUGCAGUUUUUUGGUGUAUGGAAAAAAAUGCUGAAACUACCAAUGGGAGUGGACAAAG